UUGGAAAAUCGAGUGACGUCACCGUACUUCGGCGUUACAUGGCUGGACAACAACAAUCCUCGGCGCAAAUUGAAGUUGCCCAUAUUUCCCAGGGAACUAACCGAAGUUACGAUUAAUAAAAAGUUUCAGAGUUGUGUUUUUUCAACUUUUAAUCACAAAUGUGGAUCCGCUGAUGGAUCCACGAUAUGACAUUCCGCGGAGGGCCGGCGGCGUCAGCGGCGGGAACUCGUCGAACUUGUCGCCUGCUUUGGGGGUUCAGUCUCGCCGCAGGAAGACGCCGCCCAGGCCCGCUGACUUUAAGCUUCAAAUCAUCAUUAUCGGCUCUCGCGGCGUGGGUAAAACCAGCCUAAUGGAGCGAUACACCGACGACACCUUCAGCGAGGCCUGCAAGUCCACCGUAGGAGUUGAUUUCAAAAUCAAGACGGUGGAGCUGAGGGGGAAGAAGAUCCGGCUGCAGAUCUGGGACACAGCUGGCCAGGAGCGCUUCAACAGCAUCACGUCGGCGUACUACCGCGGCGCCAAGGGAAUCGUGCUGGUCUACGACAUCACCAAGCAGGAGACCUUUGACGACCUUCCCAAGUGGAUGAAGAUGAUUGACAAGUAUGCCUCUGAGGAGGCGGAGCUCCUCCUGGUGGGCAACAAGAUGGACUGCGAGAGCGAUCGCGUCAUCUCCAGGCAACAAGGAGAGAGAUUUUGCUCUCGGAUAAGCGGCAUGCGUUUCUGCGAGACAAGCGCCAAGGACAACUGCAACGUAGAUGAGAUUUUCCUGAAGCUCGUGGAUGACAUUCUCAGCAAGAUGCCGCUUGAGGUUCCCAACAAGGAGCUCUCUGGCAGCUUGCUGUCCCUGCAGCCUGAACCCGAAGUGCCUCCAGAGUUGCCCCCACCUCGCGUGCGCUGCUGCUGAGACCCCCAGCGUCCCGCGCCAAACCUUAGGCACCAACCAGUCAACAUCCUUCAGCUCGCAUGUGCAGUGUGCCAAACUGACCACAAGGGGGCGGUAGCGAUUUGGAAAUUCCAACUUCAUCGCUCACAUCCUUCCACCUUCACUUGGACUACCUCACCAGCUGUGCACUCACGUGCACACGUGCCUUUGAGGUAGGGAAACCCCGCAGAACCCCUAUUUUAUUUAGGAAUCAUUUUCGUACUAAUUCAGCUCGACAAAAGCACACUUUAUGAUGUUUUGUUUUGUUGUUGUAUUUUUUUGUUAAUGCUGUAAUGAUGAUAAAGUAGCAAGUAGGUGGUUGAUAUUCCAAUAGUGUUAGAUGGCCAGAAUGUUCCGGAAUGUGUUUGGAAAUGAAGCUGACAGGCAAAAGUUGACGGUUAUGACAGAAAUCAGUUUAUGCCACAGAGACGAGCAGUUUUACAGUGAGGGGUAACCCCGCUGUGUUUUUGCCUACCCCAGUAUAACUGCACAUUAAAAAAAAAGAAAAAAAUCAACGCACAUAAUAUUUUUUUUCACAUUUGGGGCCUUUUGUUACAAAACACUAUUUGCGAUUGUCGGGAUCUCAAGUGUGUGGUUCAAAUCAAGUUGGGCCGAACCACGCACUCUAAUGUGUGUGGUGUGCAGUGUUGGGCAUCUCAAGUACACUACGCGCUGUAAGAGUCUGAAACACACGCCCUGAUUUAUAUAUAUAUUUUUCAUUGUCUACGUUUUUUUUUGUUUUGUUUUAAAAAUAGGAAUGUGUAUGUGCGUUAGCACUGCGAGUUCUAUCAUCCAUUUCACUACAAAAUGAUCUGUUUUCAUUUUUGUAUCGGUUACCUUUAAGAACGCUUCCAAGCAUUUUUGCCGUUAACCCUUAUACCGCUCUCUUAUACCGUUUUUUUUCCCCUUCCUCUACUAAGUUUAAGAUAUCUCCAAGAGAUUCGGGCUUCUCACUUCAAUUUGUAUUUCUUGCUAUUUAUAACUAUUGUGGCAUUUUUGGACUAAUGAAAUUAAAGAUGUCUAUAUUUAUUACCA